UCGCCGCUCCCCCGCCUCCGCCCGACCCCUCGCCCCCGGCCCCGUCCGCGGCCCCGCAACUGCGCCGACCGCGGCCAGUCCCGCCCGAGGAGGCGGCGGCGGGGAAGGGGGAGGAGGGRCGGCGGAGUGCGCUGCCUCCCGAGGAAUCAAACGGGCGGAGAGAGGAACGUACGGAGAAAGGAGGGAAGGACGGGCCAGGCUGGGGAGGGUCCCGGUCCCGGUCCCGCCCGCCUCGGAGCUCCCGUGUCGCCUCCGCGCCGGGACCGCGGGUAGAGUCGCUUGGGGCUGCCGCCGCCCGCCGGCCCCGCGCCCAUGUGCUCCCGGCAGCCGCGGCGGGGAGCUUCCACGCCCGGCGUGUCCGGACCUUGACUUCAUGAUGGGAGGAAAUAUAACCCUGGCUGUUAGGAUCCAAGCUUCUCCGCAUGUGAGGAUUUGUCAAGGCUGAGAGAUUCCRGAUUACCCAUAAACCUCCUCUGAAAUACAGUUAUUUUUGUGUCUUCCCAUCGUGAGAGGUCUUGGAGGAGAUAAGAGAUGGCUUCCAGCCUCACCUGUGCCGGCAUCAUCUGGGCUUUCCUCUCCUUCCUCUGUGCCGCCACCUCCUGUGUUGGUUUCUUCAUGCCCUACUGGCUCUUGGGGUCUCAGCUGGAGAAGUCUGUUUCCUUUGGCACUUUCCGGAGGUGUUCCUAYCCGGUGCGGGACGAGAGCCGCCAGAUGACCGUGAUGGUGGAGCAGUGUGGCCGCUAUGCCUCCUUCCAGGCCAUCCCGAGCGCCGAGUGGAGGAUCUGCACGGUGGUGACGGGCCUGGGCUGCGGGCUGCUUCUCUUGGUCGCCCUGACAGCGCUCAUGGGCUGCUGCGUGUCCGAGCUCAUCUCCAGGACUGUGGGCAGGGUGGCAGGAGGCAUCCAGUUCCUGGGGGGUUUGUUGAUYGGCUCUGGUUGUGCCCUCUAUCCUCUUGGCUGGGACAGUGAAGAAGUCAGACAAACCUGUGGGAACCUUUCCAACCAGUUUGAAUUGGGGACCUGCCACAUCGGCUGGGCCUACUACUGCACGGGCGGCGGUGCGGCGGCUGCCAUGCUGGUGUGCACCUGGCUGGCCUGCUUCUCGGGCAAGAAGCAGAAGCAGUACCCCUACUGAGCCAGCCCAGGCACCACCGUGCCAGCUCGUCCGGGUCUGCUGGACAACAACAACGGAACAAGGAAUUUUGAAGUGCUUYCUCUCUGGAGCAGGAUGACAGGUGGACCCAGGGUGGCAGGGGGCUGAAGGGCAGCUUGAAGCCACCCGGCUGGGCUGGGCAGAGACAGGCACUCUCACCCGAGCCUGCUCAGGGUCUGCUCCACAAAAAUAUAAGCAAGGAAAACUCUGCUUUGGCAAAUGGUGAAAUUCUGCAUGCACCAAUUACUGGGUGGGCUGGUGAGGGGCGGCAGUGCCCCCGUGCUGGGAAGCACCCAGCAGCCCCUCGGCGCGGCACACCUGAAAGCACACACGCACACACACAGAUGUUGACCAUGGCACAAAAUAAGUAGAGAGGAAACUUUUUUGGUGCGAUUCUUCUUUUUCUGCCUUUAUUUUUUUCUUCCCCUCCCCCUUUUUCUUUUUUAACUUCUCUCUGGUGGUUUAAGACUCGGUGUUGCAACACUUUUUAAUCUAUACAUUAAACUUAMUAAAAGGACCAAUACCACUUUAUCAGUAUUUUGUAUAAUCUCUAAACAUUUUUCU